CAACAAUCUCCUGUCAGUCACAGUGAAUUCUGCACAGAGAAUGUCUGCUGCCACACAAGACAUUGUCUUCCCAGCUUAGCUGUGAAACAGCCCAGGAGAACCAGCGCAUUUGAUCUGAAGUUUGACAGAAUCCUGGACACUGCGAACACACUGAUUGAACACUGGAGACCAUGAAGAACUCAACUGAGGUAACUUUCUUCAUUUUGGCAGCCUAUGGGGAUCUUGGAGAAAGGAAAUAUUUUUAUUUCAGCUUUGUGCUUCUUCUGAAUCUCACAAUUAUCUUUGCAAACCUUACACUGAUUUUGUUGAUAUUUGUGGAUAGGAGCCUACAUGAACCCAUGUAUGUGUUUCUGUGUAAUUUAUUUUUUAAUGAAUUGUAUGGAAACGCUUCCUUGUUUCCUGUGUUAUUAUUGCAUAUUUUAUCAGACACUCAUGAAAUUUCCAGAGCUUUUUGCCUUUUGCAGGUUUUUUGCUUGUACACAUAUGGAUCAACAGAAUUGUGUAAUUUUGCUGUUAUGGCCUAUGACAGGUAUUUGGCCAUCUGUCAUCCACUACAUUACAGCAUUAGAAUGACGUCUUGCAAAGUAUGCUCAUUAGUUGUGUUCAUCUGGGUAUUUUCAUUCAUCAACUUUACAGUUAUUCUGUCAUUACAAAUUCGGUUACCAUUGUGUGGGAAUAUCAUAGACAAAUUGUGCUGUGGCAACUAUUCUUUGAUCAGACUUUCCUGCAUAGACACAAUGCUAAACAACAUUUACGGACUUUUCGCUACGGUUCUUGUGUUAGCUGUCCCUUUGAUCCCCAUUUUAUAUUCCUAUGCAAAUAUUGUAAGAAUCUGUUAUAAAUCACCCAAGGAAGCUCGGACCAAAGCUUUAAACACAUGCGUUCCCCAAGUAAUAUCACUCCUGAACUUUGCGGUUUCCUGCUUUUAUGAAAUUGUCCAAAAUCGAUUUGACAUGACAUAUAUUCCCAAAGACGUUCGGAAUGGUUUUACGAUGUACUUCUUGACAUGUCCUCAACUUCUCAACCCAAUCAUGUAUGGACUCAGGAUGACAAAAAUAAGGAAAUCUCUUAAAAACAGGUUCUUUCCUAACAGAGCUCUGCAACUGCCGCUAAGCAAAGGGUCAUAAACAUUGUUUUUUAAGCCAUUUCGUAUUCAUGACAAGCUAGGCUUAUUUUGCAAUGUUUAUAAUGAUAAAAACUUCUCAAUAUGGCAUGUGCACUGAUUUGUUUAGUUUUUCAAUAAAUAA